UACUAAAGGCAUGCUGGGAACUACAAGGACCUUGGCCAUGUUGCUUCCUUGACACAAAUUUCAAAGGAGUAGAACCUUGUUUAGAUCUUUUGGAUUUGGUCAUUUGACCCCAGCUCGAUCUUUAUAAGAAGCCAAUAACUUUACUGAACACCAUGCCGCGAAUCAUUAUCAAAGGUGGAGUGUGGAGAAACACUGAGGAUGAAAUUCUCAAGGCGGCAGUUAUGAAAUACGGAAAGAAUCAGUGGUCUAGAAUUGCAUCUUUGCUGCACCGCAAGUCAGCCAAACAGUGCAAGGCCAGAUGGUAUGAGUGGUUGGAUCCUAGCAUUAAAAAGACUGAAUGGAGCAGAGAAGAAGACGAAAAGCUACUUCAUUUGGCAAAGCUGAUGCCAACACAGUGGCGAACAAUUGCUCCUCUGAUUGGCCGCACAGCGUCACAGUGUCUGGAGAGAUAUGAAUUUCUUUUAGAUCAAGCCCAAGCUAAAGAAGGCGAAAAAGAUGAGGGCGAGGAUCCACGGAAAUUACGACCAGGAGAAAUUGACCCUAACCCUGAAACAAAGCCAGCACGACCUGAUCCCAUUGACAUGGAUGAAGAUGAGUUGGAAAUGUUGUCAGAGGCCAGAGCUCGUCUGGCUAAUACUCAGGGUAAAAAGGCCAAGAGGAAAGCCAGGGAGAAACAACUUGAGGAGGCCAGGCGUCUUGCUGCUUUGCAAAAGAGAAGGGAGUUGAGAGCUGCAGGAAUAGAGAUAAGAAAACAUCGAAAGAAAAGAAGAGGGGUGGAUUAUAAUGCUGAAAUACCAUUUGAAAAGAAACCUGCUCAAGGUUUCUAUGACACUGGUGAAGAGGAACUGCCUGAUUAUCAACCUGAUUUUAAAAAGCUUCGUCAGGAUCACCUGGACGGUAAAAUGAGAGAUGAUCUUGAACAGCAAGAGAGAAAGAAAGAUAAAGAAAAAAUGAAGAAGAGAAAAGAGAGUGAUCUUCCAGGAGCUGUCAUGCAGAUUAAUAAGCUAAACAAUCCUGAUUCCGUAAAGAAGCGCAGCAAGCUUGUUCUUCCCAAGCCGCAGAUUUCUGACACAGAAUUAGAAGAGAUUGUCAAAAUGGGCCAAGCUAGUGAGACGGCUCGUUUAUCAGUGGAAGACAGUCACUUGGCAUCAAACGCUCUCCUGAGUGAGUACUCAGUGACCCCUGCUGCAGCUCAGGCCCUGAGGACUCCUCGCACACCUGCAGAGCAGGACACAAUAUUGCAGGAAGCUCAGAACAUCUUGGCAUUAUCAAAUGUGGACACUCCUUUAAAAGGUGGCAUGAACACACCCAUGAAACAGAGUGACUUUGAAGGUGUCACCCCAAGACAUCAGGCUAUUCAGACCCCAAACAUGAUGCUUGCUACACCUUACAGGACACCACAGGGAGAGGGGGGAGGGACCACCCCACGCAGUAUGGGUGGAACCCCUCAGAGGGGAGGUGGUGGCAGCACCACACCCGGACGUGCAUCAGUACGAGACAAGCUGAACAUCAACCCAGAGGAGUCGCUGAUGGAGGAGUACGAAUCAGGUUAUGGAGCUAAACAACAACAGGAAGAGUUGAAGGCAGAGUUGAGAGCAGGACUAGCAUCGCUUCCAACCCCUUCCAAUGACUUUGAGAUUGUGCUGCCUGAGACUGCUGAAGAGGAGGUGGAGGAGACCAAAGAUGAAAGCUUUGUUGAAGAUGCAGCUGAUAUUGAUGCGAGACGAAUGGCCAUGAAGGCAGCGGAAGAGUUGAGAGAGAUUAGACGCCGCUCUCAAGCCGUACAACGAAACAUGCCGCGCCCCUCAGAUGCGAACGCUGCUGUUCUCCGGCCGGCUAACGUUGAUCCACCCCUCACAGGAUUACAGCAGGCGGAGGAACUUAUCAAGCGGGAGAUGGUCAGUAUGAUCAGACACGAUAUUGUCAAUCACCCGACAGCACUGCAAAUCGAAAACCUAACGCACAAGAAAUCCAAAAGCGCUGCCCAGGCGGUCAUCGCCGCUAACCAAGCGGCACUCGAUACCAACCCUCUGGAAACGUUCACGGACAAAGAGAUCGCUAACGCGAGGGAAGUCCUGGCGAACGAAAUGGAAUUUGUCAAGUCUAAAAUGGCUCACGGUGAUCUACCCAUUGAAAGUUACACUAAAGUUUGGGAGGAAUGCUAUGCCCAGGUUUUGUUUCUACCGACACAACAGCGAUUCACUAGGGCAGCUUUAGCCAGCAAGAAAGACAAACUGGAAUCUUUAGAAAAACGACUCGAGUUGAACCGAACUCACAUGACCGAAGACGCAAAGAGAGCGGCCAAAAUUGAAAAGAAGCUGAAAGUUCUUCUCGGUGGUUAUCAGAGUCGUGCUGUCGGCUUGACGAAACAAAUUAACGACCUUUACGAGCAAGUUGAACAGACUCACACUGAGAAAGAAACAUUCAGUUCCUUGAGAGAGCACGAACUGAGAGCUAUCCCCAAGAGAAUUGAGGCCCUGAGAGAAGACGUAAGAAGGCAAACAGAUCGUGAACAUCAACUGCAGACGCGUUAUUCUCAUUUGUUGUACGAGAGAGAUGCGGCUUAUAAUCACAUGCAAAACCGCCACUGAUGUUUUUACCUCAAGUAACGGACGUUCUUUAUCACCAGUACCUCAUUGACAAGAUAAACACUCGAAAUAGUGCUAGAGUGAAAGAUGUUUUCAAUUCAAAAAUGGAAGACAUGUCCAACUCAAAGUUCUGUAAUAAAAAUAACUUUAGUGGUUGUGUUACAGACGUGUUUCAGUGGCUCACUGAAAACACAGAACGUUGAUUUUCAGUCGACGAAAUGGGCUCACGAGACGUCUGACAUUGGAUCUUCUUCCAUUACAUCCUCCUUGUACGUAAUAGGGAAAAUGUGUUUGCGAAUGUUUGUGGUAUUUCGUCUUGAAUUUUUUUUUGUGUAAUUUUAACAUUUACUUGUCUGUGGUGUUUGUUCUAUUUGUUUGCCAAUUAUCGCAGCACAAUUGUGAGCGCAAAAUGUGAUUGUUGAAUUAAAACCAGAACUUUGAUAU